AUGCCACCGAAGAAGGCAGCUGCUACCGGCAGCAAAAAAACGGAACAGAAGAAGAAAGAGAAAGUUAUCGAGGAUAAGACCUUUGGGCUAAAGAACAAAAAGGGAGCCAAGCAGCAAAAGUUUAUCCAGCAAGUAGAAAAACAAGUGAAAAGUGGAGGAAUUCAUCCAGCUAAGCCAAUGGAUGACAAGAAAAAAGAAAAAGAGCAGAAGAUGAAAGAGCAAAAAGAGUUGGCAAUGUUGUUUAAACCGGUCCAAACUCAAAAAGUUGAAAAAGGUACCGAUCCAAAGUCAGUUGUAUGUUCAUUCUUCAAGCUAGGUCAAUGUUUUAAGGGAGACAAGUGCAAGUUUUCACAUGACUUGACUAUAGAGAGAAAGGCUGAAAAGCGUUCCCUUUACGUAGAUAUGCGUGAUGAUGAUGACAAUAUGGAUAAUUGGGAUGAAGACAAGCUUAAAGAGGUGGUUGAAAAGAAACAUGGUGAAGGCAACAAGCAGCGGCCUUCAACUGAUAUUAUAUGCAAACAUUUCUUAGAAGCUGUGGAAAAGUCCAAAUAUGGUUGGUUUUGGGAAUGUCCAUCUGGUACAAAAUGCAUAUACAGACAUGCGCUCCCACCAGGCUUCGUUCUUAAACGCGAUAAAAAGAAGAUGGAGGAGAAGAAGAAUGAAAUAUCACUAGUUGACCUGAUUGAAAGAGAGAGGGCAGCUCUUGGUCCAAAUCAGACUAAAAUAACCUUGGAAACCUUCCUCGCCUGGAAGAAAAAGAAAAUUAAGGACAAGCAGGAUGCUAUGACGAAAGCAGAGGAACAGCGCCGUUGUGAUUUUAAGGCCGGUCGAGCUGUUGGUUUAUCUGGCAGAGAGAUGUUCUCCUUUGACCCUGCGCUGGCCGCAGACGCAGAUGAGGAUGGCGAUGAAGCAGUUGAUUUAGGUACAUAUGAUGAGGAAGAGAAGGAUACCACUGAAUAUCGCGAGGUCCAAUUUGAUCUCAUUGGAAUGGAAGCUUCAGAGGUGGAUGAUUCUGGAACAAAAGCUACAGAAGAUAGACUUCACCAGCUUAGUAAAGGAUUGGAGAAUGGAGAAGAUGAUAUUAACUCUAAGGGUGAUUCUAUUAAAGAAGAAUCUGCAGAAGAUUCUACAAUAGCAGUGCCAAUUAACGAAAACCUUUUCCUAGAUGAAGAUUUAGAUGAAGAGUUGCAAAAUUUAGAUCUUGAAGAC